AUGGCGCGGCAUAAACGCUCACACUCGGUUACUUCGUCAGAUUCAUCAGUAUCAUCACGCAGCUUACAUACAGUAUCAUCGGCAGGCAUUGUCACUCCAAAGAGGGCCUCAAAUAAGGUCACAAGGUUAAAGAAAAAGCGCCGCUUAUCAGAUGGUGACGAGAAAAGUGCUUCUAGGAACAAAGAGUCUGAUAUCGAUCCUCAUGAAGAGUUUCUCGCCGCUGCGCGCUGCAUCGCGCGUUGUAUUGAUUUGUUUUGCAAGACCAAACAACUCAUCAAUGUAGGUUUAGCUCUGCAGCAGCACGAUGCUGCAGAGAACGGAGAAUUAUCAGAAGACGAAGAUGCUCGGGUUUGUCAUGACAAGCGACUCUCAAAGAUGUCAUCUAAGGUUCAAGAGCGAUAUAAAAGGAACUUCGCUCGGCUGCUUCAACUCACUCCAGGCUUAAAACCUCUACUUGGUGACCCUCGCAAAGCCUCAGAACUCAACACUAUCAUCAAGAAGAUGGAUGCUACUAUCUCGGCUACUCGCUCUGACGAUGCAUCACGCCUGAAGAGCCAAAUCGAUCAUUACGCGGCCUUCAACACCAAGGAUCAUCCAAUCCAUCCAGCUAUCUAUGACGGAAGCGGUUCACGCACCCACAUGGGUAUCAACCAUCCGGUCCUAGCGCGCUUUCUUUGUCCAGUCAGGGAACUGAAGAGAUUUUCAGAGGAUGCUGACAAGGCACUUAAUGAUAUACAGUGCAGCAAGGUUAGCUUAACCGCAUCUACACUUCCGGCAUUUCUAUGGGCCGGAGACCCACCAGGUAAAGACUACGAUGACGACAACAUGUUCGAAGGCAUGUUUGAUGGCUACUUAUUGGAGCGGACUAUGCGGCACAUUUUUACAAGUCCCUCGAGCGCAUAUGGAGGGGAGAUGCGCGCGACAUGCACCUGCAAUGCCGCUUUACACAACAUGACCACGGUAGAAGCGGCACAUAUUGCCUAUGGUUGCUUACAGGUUCGUUUCGGUAUCAGCGCCAAGAAUUCCUGGUCCGAAAUCAACGGUGCCUUCAGCUACCAGGAAUUCUACAACAAUAUCAUCAAGUUGAUUGAAGAUUCACCUGAUCCAGAGUGGAAAGAAGACCUCCUCAAGGCUUGGAAUGUGAAAAUAUUCAAGAAUGAGGAGGGUUGUGACAGCAACAGUACUAUGGAUGACAAUAAAACCCCCAGCUCUCGCGAAGGCAGUGAUAACGACUUGGCAAGAGUCCGUGCUCAAAUGGCAGCAUGUCGUGCAGCAAAGGCGGCUCCAGCACGUCCUCCUUCUCCCCCACCUUCCAUUUCACCACCUCCCCCUCCUCGCGAGUCAACGCCAGCUUGUCCCUCCGAGCCAACGUCUUCUCAUGAACCAACUCCAGUGCCGCCUGCUACUCCCAGGCCAGUUCCUACUCGCAAGCCAGUUCCUGCUCCCAGACGAGUUUCUCCUCGCAAGCUUCCAGCUCCAUCUGCACCAGCACCUGCACGUGCUGAGUCGCCCUCCUCCAGUGAUCUAACAGGGUCCUCGGAGUCAGACGAGGAGUCUGAACCCGUCCAGAUCAAACGUAAAUGCAAGGCUAAGAAGGGGAGCACCAAAGUCUCUAAACCAAAGCGUGGCAAGGCUGCCCCAUCUGCAGAAGCCAAGCCACGGAGAAGUUCAAGGAAGUAG